GUUACCAUGCACAUCAUACUUCUAAUCGGCCUAUUAUUCAUAUCAAUUGUGAGUUCGGACAUUUUGGUCGAUCUUCCGGACGGCACAAUUCGCGGGACUGAAACCAAUGUUGGGAACAGCACAAUGUACGCUUAUCUGGGCAUCCCGUUUGCAGCCCCUCCGCUAGGAAAAUUGAGGUUCCAGGCUCCAGUGCAAAAUGAUCCGUGGGACGGAAUUCUUGAUGCCACGAAAUCCAGAAGUUGUUGCUUACCGAUGGGCCUUGUAUUCCAAAGUAGUACUCAAAAUGAGGAUUGUUUAUACCUCAAUAUCUACACGCCUCCGCGAAACGUAAAGAAACUGCCGGUAAUGUUCUGGAUAUAUGGAGGGGGAUUUGUAAUGGGCUGCGCCACGGACUCUGAAUUUAACCCAAUUCACCUCGUAAACGAAGACGUCAUUGUUGUUACAUCUAAUUACCGCCUCGGUCUGUUCGGUUUCUUAAGUACCAAUGAUAGCGUAAUUUUGGGUAACGCAGGACUCAAGGAUCAACUAUUAGCGUUGAAGUGGACCCAGCAAAACAUUGCACUUUUUGGUGGCGAUCCGGACAAGGUGACAAUAUUCGGCGAAAGCGCAGGUGGCGUGUCCGUUGGAGCACAUAUCGCAAACAAAAAAUCGGCUGGAUUAUAUAGAGCAGCGAUUUGCCAAAGCGGUUGUUCGUUAGCGAGUUUCCCAGAUUCAUACCAAUCCGAUCCUAAGCAAGUUGCAUACGAUAUUGCUAAAAGUCUAAACUCUUCUAUAUCUCAGGACAGCGAAGAGAUCAGAGAUUUCCUGCAGAGUCAGUCUGUCACUGUUUUGGCUUUGGCUUUCUUCGCAAACCCUCAGACGGGACUAGUAACAGAAGUUGAAGACGAGAAUGCAUAUAACACGGAACUUCAUUUCGGGUCGAUCGAAUCGGGAAAUUUCAACCAAGUGCCUGUCAUAAUAGGAACGAAUUCCGCAGAAACGAUUAUAUUGGCAUUUUCCACGCUGGAAAUCGAAAUGCUUGCAUUUGCUUUCGACGUUUUGUCUACGUUAGUAUUACCUUCAAACCUAAAGUAUUUGCCGGGUACCAAUUUAGUCGAUGUCUCAAAUUUGAUCAAACAGGCGUACACCAAUCAAUCGUUCGCAUUGGAUUUGGCGUCGUUUAUUGAGUUUACAAGCGACACUUUGUUUGUAAGAUCGUCUCUCAAACAAGCUGAACUUCAAUCCAAUUACAGCACCGUGUAUUUUUACCAGUUUUCUUAUUCUGGAAGCGGAAGUUCAUUCCAUAUCAAAGUUGAAGGUACUGGAACAGUAGGACACGCAGAAGAACUGUUUUAUAUCUUUGAGGCGCCAAUAUAUCCAUUAACUACAGACGAAGAGUUGCUAACAAGAAGAAGAAUGGUCCGUCUAUGGACUAAUUUCGCCAAAACAUUAAAUCCUACCUCCGAUAAAUCGGACCCGCUACUCAACGUAACAUGGCCUCAAGUUUCGGGUUCAAACAUCCCUUAUCUCGAUAUAGGUGCGACUCUCGAAGUCAAGCCUGGGAAAAAGGAGAAACAGAUGGCUAUGUGGAACGAAGUUUUCUACGCGUAUGGCGAACAGCCUUUCGCGGGACCGGUAAUAGAAGUUGAAGACGAUGAUGCAUAUAUAACGGAUCGUCAGUUCGGAUUGAUCGAGUCGGGAAACUUUAACCAAAUACCUCUACUGAUCGGAACAACUUCCGGCGAAUCACUUACGUUUUACGGAAGUGUGUAG